AUGUCUCAUUUUCGCGACCUGCUCGAAAGAUACGGCAAAUUGGAAACUGGGGGCAGACGUAAAGUUUAUAAAUCAUCAGACCGGACCCGCUACGAUUAUGUCGUCGCCCACCUCGAUGCCCGCUACGCCAACGAAGUCCGGGAUAUCCUUGCCAACCCACCAACGGCCAACCUUUACGAACACCUCAAGACCGAACUCAUUCGCCGCCUGUCACUCUCGGAAGACCAGAAGCUGCGACAACUUCAGUCCGCAGAACUUGCCGAGCGCAAGCCUUCGCAGCUCCUCGGCCACAUGCGUGCUCUCGCGGGCAACAUGGAAGCCCAGGAUUCCUUACAGCGAACUCUUUCGCUUCAGCGACUUCCACCGCACGUCCAGGAAGUUCUGCAGGCUCAGCUUCCGCUACCUCUCGACCAACUUGCCGGGAUCGCUGAUCGCGUCAUCGAGGUCCCUUUGCCGCCGUUGUCGCCCACCGUCCAGGCUGUCGCUGCACCGCUGAACACCAUGAAGGUUGCGCGCCAUACCGACGAUAUCAACCGACAGCUCAGCUCCAUUCAACGACGCCUGGAUCAGCACUUGCCGACGCGCCACUCGCAAAGCCGUGGCCAGAACACUACCCCGUCGCAGCAGCCUGGUGACGACGACCGGUGUUACUACCAUAGACGCUUCGGGGACAGAGCACGGCAAUGUCGACCACCCUGCUCCGCUAGAAAUCGGGGAAACGCCAACGGCAGCUCGUAG